UAAAAAAUAUUAAAAUGUUUAUUAGUCAUUUUUCUUGUUCGGCAUAUUAGUGGCCAGUAAAUAUAAAUUGUAAUAGCAAUUGUAUAUUUCAAUUUAUUUCCUACAUAUUUAAUAACUUUUUAGAUUGAUAUAUUUAACAAUAGUAUUUUGUAUUUUGGUUGGAUAUCACUUUAUCAGUAAGGUUAAAAUUUCAAUUGAUUAAAUUUACUUGUUUAUUUGUCUCGUACAUUUGUAUUCGCUCAAAAUUCCACAAGUUCAAAAGUGCACGAUGUCUGAAAACACAAGAAGUUCGGCAUUCAGAAAAAUCGACGUCGAUCAAUUCAAUGAGAAUUUCAAAGAAGACGAACAACCGGAAAAUCAAUCGACAACUGCCAUUCCAGAUGAAUCUGAAAUUACAACGAUGAUUAACCAAGGUCGUUUUGCUGAUGCUUUAAAAUCUGCGUUGAAAAAUGCACCUUUAGGAUCAAAAAAUCAACAAUUAAGGGACAAUGCCUUAAAUGUUGUAAUGAAAGUUCUUCUGGCCACCAAACUAUCUCAAAUAGAUGAAGUUGUUGCUCAGUUAGAUGUUGACAUGGUAGAUAUUCUUAUGAAGUAUAUUUACAAAGGAUUUGAAAAGUCAACUGAGAAAAAAAGCAGUCAUCUUCUUAUGUGGCAUGAAAAAGCCUAUGCAAUUGGCGGAGCUGGUAGUAUAAUCAGAGUGCUUACUGACCGCAAAAGAGUGUAAUCUUACUAACAAUUUAUUUAAUUUUUAUUGAAACAAUAACCGUGAAACAUCAAUAUUAUAUUGUUAACAAUUGUAUUUGGUACUACAUAAUUAUUAUUUUUUAAUAAGUAUAUAAGUGUCGGCAUUUAAUUUUAUUAAGGUAUUAUAAUAAAAUGUAUUGCCAAAUAGUAUUAUUUUCUACAAAUUCAAUUAUGUCCUUAUAAAUUAUCAUUGAAAUAUUUGGUUCGUUGAAAAAAAUAUUAAGUGUUUUUUAAAAUUAUUUGUAAAAAUAUUAACUUUUUUUAAUAGGUUUUUAGCUGUUUUUAUAAAAGUGGGUAACUAGGUAUAAAUCAGAUUAUGAAUUAAUUAAUUGUCAACCAUAUUUUUUUUUUUUUUUUAUUGUAUUUAAAUUAAUAAUAAUAUACUCAUGUACCUAAGCUGAAAACUUCAUGAGUAUGAUUUUUUUCUUUUAAGGUUGUGAUAGUAUAUACCAACAACAUAUUAUAUAAGAUUUUCAAUAUUCAUAGCCUAGUUAUCAUUUUACAACUAUUUGAAUUAAUACAACAACAAAUUAAAUUACUCUUAAAUUGUAUAUAUUUUUAAGGAUAAUUCACAUUAUUGUAUUGAAAAACUUCUUAUUUUAUUUUUUUAUGCAACCAGGGAUUUUGUUCAUUGCAAUGUAGUUAAUAUUUUUUUGUAGUAUUACUCUAAAGUAAUUGAAAAAUAUAAUUCAUGGUAAUUUUAAAUAAUGAAUAAUAUAAUAGCCAUGUACAACCGAAAAUGUUAUAUAAAGCAAUUAUUAUAAUUUUAUAAUAGUAUAUAAAAAUAAAUAGCAAUAACUAUAUAAUAACA